AUGAAGCCAUUGAUCUUGAUCACCGGUGCCAACCGGGGUUUAGGGUAUGCCACAGCCAAACAGCUUGCCAGCACCGGCAAAUACCGCCACCUCAUUGGCGCUCGGACGCAAAAGACAGCCCAGGACGCUAUUGAGAAACUAGGCAGUGCCUCCAACGACUUGACACCAGUGAUACUAGACCUCAACAUCGACGAAUCCAUCAAGCCUGCCGCCGCCUUCAUUCAGGAACGGUUCGGUUCACUCGACUUUUUAGAGACCAACGUCUUCGGGGUGACUGUUGUAACAGAUGCCUUCAUACUUCUUCUCCGUGCUUCCAAGUAUCCUGAUCGGCGCAUCGUCAAUGUGACCAGCGGCCUCGGGCAGAUUGGGAUAGCCUACUCGCCUACCUCGGAGUGUAGUGCUAAGAUCUGA